GGCUCCGGGCAGGGCAACGGGGAGACGGUGGCCAUGGUGGCGGCGGCGGGCAACGGGCGGAGGGAGGGCCCCGCAGGGACGGGGGCGGCCGACGGCGAGCUGCGGGCCGCGGCAGUGCCCAUGCUGCCCGCUAUGGAGGUGGCCGAGGAGCCGGAGAAGGCAGCGGGAGGCAGGAGCAAGGACCCCAACACCUACAAAGUGCUGUCCCUGGUACUCUGUGUCUGCAUGUUAACGACAAUCCUAGGAUGUAUAUUUGGCCUGAAGCCGAGCUGUUCAAAAGAUGUGAAAACCUGCAAAGGCCGUUGCUUUGAAAGGUCUUUUGGAAGCUGCCGUUGUGACAGAGAUUGCGUCAAGCAUGGAAACUGCUGCUUAGAUUACCAGGAAGCGUGCAUAGAACCAGCUCAUAUAUGGACCUGUAAUAAAUUCAGGUGUGGAGAGAAGAGGCAACCAGAAUAUCAUUGUUCCUGUGCAGAUGAUUGUGUGGAAAAAAACGAUUGCUGUGUCAAUUAUAAUGCUGUUUGUAAAGGAGAGGCAAGCUGGGUUGAAGAAGAGUGUGAGGACAUUACUGAACCUCAGUGUCCAAAAGGAUUUACCAAAUCUCCGGUGUUACUGUUUUCAUUGGAUGGCUUCAGAGCAGAAUAUUUGCAGACGUGGGGUAGACUCCUACCUGUUAUUAGCAAAUUACAGAAAUGUGGAACAUACACUUCCAGUAUGAGACCAGUGUAUCCUUCAAAAACCUUUCCCAAUCAUUACUCCGUUGUCACAGGACUGUAUCCUGAAUCUCAUGGUAUAAUUGAUAACAAGAUGUAUGACCUCAAAAGAAAUGCAUCCUUCACCCUUAGAAGUGAAGAGAAGUUUAAUCCACAGUGGUACCAAGGACAGCCUAUCUGGCUAACAGCUAUGUACCAAGGUCUGAAAGCUGCUACGUUCUUCUGGCCUGGAUCAGAUGUAGCAAUUGAUGGGACCUUUCCAAAUCUGUAUGAAAAAUACAAUAGCUCAGUCCCUUUUGAAGAAAGGGUGGUAACUAUUCUUCGCUGGCUGCAGUUACCUGAAGAUGAAAGACCACACUUUUACACUCUGUAUUUAGAAGAACCAGAUUCCUCAGGCCAUAAGUUUGGACCAGUAAGCAGUGGAGUCAUUUUGGCACUACAGAGAGUGGACAACAUAGUUGGGAUGCUGAUGGAUGGUCUCAAACAGAUGAACUUGCAUAAGUGCCUGAACAUUAUUUUUAUAUCAGAUCAUGGAAUGGAAGCAGGGAGCUGCAGGAAAACAGCAUAUCUGAGCACCUACCUGGAUAAUGUUCAAGAUUUCAUAUUAGUACCUGGUCCUGCAGCUCGCCUUCGACCUAAUAAUGUUCCAGAUGAGUAUUUCUCUUUUAACUAUGAAGGCAUUGUCAGAAACCUCACAUGCAGAGAACCAAAUCAACCUUUCAAAGCUUAUAUGAAACACCUUCUACCCAAGCGUUUCCAUUAUGCCAACAAUGACCGGAUUGAACCAUUGCACUUUUAUUUAAACUCCCAGUGGCAACUUGCUAGGAAACCAUUUGAGAUUAAAAGUUGCACAGGUGGAUUCCAUGGCUCUGAUAAUCGCUUCCCCAGUAUGCAGGCUAUCUUCAUUGGUUUUGGACCAGGAUUCAAGUUUCAAACUCAGGUUGAUCCAUUUGAAAACAUUGAAGUAUAUAAUUUAAUGUGUGACUUGCUUGAUGUGAAACCAGCCCCAAACAACGGAACCCAUGGACAGCUAAAUCAUCUUUUAAGGAAUCCCGUUUACAUCCCUCAGCAUCCCAAAGAAACAAUCCAUCCUUCUGAAUGCUCUGUUGUGGGACAAAGAACCUUUCCAGUGAGCCUUGGCUGUUCCUGCAGGACAGUGGGUUUGCCAGUAAGGGAUUUUCAACAGCGUUUAAAUCUCACUGAAACAGAAGUUAAGAAGACAGAGAAACUUACUUUGCCCUAUGGACGGCCCAGAGUUCUGCAGAAGAGACAUAAUUACUGCCUACUUUACCAUUACCGCUAUGUAAAUGCAUACAGCAAGGACUACAGGAUGUCUUUGUGGAAUGCGUAUACCAUUAACAAAGAUGACAAAUGGCUUUCUGCUACAGAAGAUAUCUCCAGCUGUUUACACAAGGAUGUUCGUAUUCCUUUUAAUCAUAACCAGACAUGUUCGUUUUACAACAAUCAUCCUCGGCUAUCUUAUGGAUUCCUUUCUCCUCCAAAUUUGAUGACAGAUGCAGGGAAGCCUCACUAUGAUGCCUUGCUUACCAGCAACAUUGUGCCAAUGUAUCCUGCAUUUAAAGUGUUAUGGAACUACUUCCAUCAAUACCUGCUGCCUGAAUAUGCUGCAGCCAGAAAUGGUGUCAAUGUAGUCAGUGGUCCUGUGUUUGAUUAUGACUUUGAUGGACUGUAUGAUACCCCAGAAAAGGUGAAAAGACACCGUGGUAACUCAGAAGUUCCUGUUCCAAGUCAUUUCUUCAUUAUGCUGACUAGUUGUAAAAAUACUUCUGAAACUCCUCUGGAAUGUGAAGGGUCUCUAGAUGCCUUGUCUUUCAUUGUGCCUCACAGAGAAGACAACAGUGAAAGCUGCGCAGAUGGCAAGUCUGAGUCUUUGUGGGUUGAAGAGAGAAUGAAGUUUCACACAGCUCGGGUCAGAGAUAUAGAAUUACUUACAGGACUCAGCUUCUAUCAAGACAGAAAACAGCCAGUAUCUGAGAUUUUACAGUUAAAAACAUAUUUACCAACUUUUGAAACAGUCUGAUUUUUCCUAUGGAAUGUUGUUGUCCAUUUCACAACUGAUUUGUAAAUAGACUGUUUUUAAUUAAUGAAAAGUUUUUUUUAAAUAAGCUGGAACAUUUAUUGAGAUCUCUUGACCAAAAUGCCAGUAGGGAGGAGAGUGUGUGCCAUAUUUGUAUCUCAGGGACUCCUGAUGGACUAUGUAUAUAACACAGGACGGCAGCUCCUGUCAUUCCCACUUGAAUGUGGUAAACCAUGUCCAUUAUUAAAUGUUAUUGGCAUUUGAUCAUCAUAGUCUGAGA